CUUUACUGGUUUCCUUCCCCUGAUGCUCUUAUCGAAUUAGGGGGCCCACGGCAAUUAUUUCAAAUGAACAGUCGUACUUUAAUAAAAUAAUGUCCUCUGAGGUCGAUACGGGACCGCAUCCGACAAGGAAGCGCGCGCGACAGGCAUGUCUGCACUGCAACCGGCGCCGGAUCCGCUGUAAUGUCCUGGAGACGCGGCCUUGUCAGAACUGUGUUUCCCUGAAUGUCCCUUGUGAAGUAGGGGUCUCCAAACGAGGAAAGUAUCCUCGCAAGAAGGCUUUACGGCAAUCGGCAACUUCAACACACCAAGAAGAUUCCACCAUUGCAGACUCCAUUAUUUCCGCAGAUCAUAGUUCUUUCCAGCCGGAUGAUAGCUCCAGCGUGCAUAUUGAUGCAUCGACUUCUCCCGAUCAACGCUUUCAUCUGGGGCAUCGCAGCAACGCUGCCAACCACCCUGGGAUUAGCUUUGGGCCCCCUUGGAUAUCUCCUGGCGAUACGGCAAGCAUUUCCCAACAGACUGUAUUCCUAGGAGAGUCAAGUCCCUUGACAUGCGUAAUUGAUGAGGGACGGCGAUCUCCUGAGAAAGGGCCAUCCAAUGUCAUGCGAAAAACUCGGCUUCACUACCCCAUCCCGGAACGGCUAGAUGCCAAUAGUACACGCGACGACGCUCUUCGCGUGCACAAGACCAAGAUAGGAGAGCAACUGAAUGCCGACGGUGCAUUCUCAUAUCCUCCGAAAGAGACUUGCGAGAUACUACUGAGCGCGUACUUCACUUGGUUUCAUCCAUGCUUCCCCAUCCUCGACCGCUCAGCGGUCAAUCAGUCCUACACUAGAGGCGAUAUUUCUCGUCUUCUACUGCAAUCUAUGCUCUUCAUCGGUGUUAGUCUCUGCACUGAUGAGGACUUUGCACGAACAGAAUUCUCGGUCCGAUAUCAAGCUAAGUUUCACUUCUAUAGCAAGGCAAAGGCUAUCUAUGAUGCCGAUUGGGAAUCCAACAAAACAACUAAGUUGCAAUCAUUGUUUCUGCUGAGCUCUUGGCGGGGAGGGCCAUCUGAAGAGCGUGAUACGCGGUUCUGGUUGGGAGUUGCGAUCAGUUUGGCGCAAAAGCGUGGCAUGCAUAUGAUGUCCAAAUUAUCUUUCCAAUCGACACGCGAGGAGAAAUUAUGGAAGCGAAUAUGGUGGGCUCUCUAUGUGCGUGACCAACAGAGUGCAGCGGCUUUAGGGCUCCCACCUCGGAUACGGGACGAGGACUGCGAUGUUGCAAUGCUUGUCCCGAGCGAUAUCCGCGAAGAGGAAACAGUAGAUGAUGUACGUGUAUUUGGGGUACAGAAAGACGAAGAUGUAGUCUAUCCGACUGAGAUGGUGAAGUUGGCUAGGAUACUGCGGAGUAUUGUGUCAACACAAUAUCUUCAUAUACAAUCCGAUACUACUGAGACCGCACGUACAGGACUACAUCAAAAAUUAUGUGAGUGGGAAUCGAAGUUGCCUACAAGCCUCAAACUAGAAAGCGCAGCUUCUGCGGGAGCUAUAUUUCUUACUGGACUUUUGCAUAUGACAUACAAUAACCUUUAUAUUCUCCUAUAUCGGUCCUCGUUUCUGAAUCCUUCCAAUUCGUCCGUAGAUAAAGUGGGCCGGGUUGCCCUGGAUGCCGCCACUAGAAGCACUAGGAUUGUCGAAGACAUGUUGUCUCACAGUCUUGUUCAACACGGGCCUACUCAUCUAAUAACGCAUACAUUUUCAACCCUGUGUAUCCAUACUAUUCACUGUCGCCGAACAUCUGGUACUGCCAGGAAGCUCGCGGAGCACCGUGCAAAGCUCUGCCUUCUUGGGCUCCAGGAGCUACAGAAAACCUGGGAUUUGGAGAACUGGGUGCUGGAUCUCUUCUUUCGAUGCUUGGAUGAUGGCACCGCCCGCACUCUCCGUCUGACAGAUAUUGUCACACCACCAGGGCAGCCGAUGAGCCAGACUGAGAGUGUGAACAAGAAUAUUGAUACAAACUAUACCCGAGAUCUGCCUACACCAGUCGAAACGAUGGACCCCAUACACAACGACCCAACACUAGCGCCCAGCCUGCAAACCUCUCCAAACAUGGAACACGGAGAUAUUGCUGCGCCUGGCGACUGGUACGGAUUAUUCAAUUUCACAGAUGAUUUUACAGACGUUUUAGGGGCCUCUUAUCACGAUCCACGGAAUUUGCAGAAUCUGCAAUUCUUGUAUCGAUUCUUAUAACUCAUGCCUUCUAACCGACGCAGCGAUGAAAUCUAUUCUAUCAAGAGACAAAGGAUCGUCAGGUUGCAGUAGCAUAUCACUUACGGAAUGAUUCGGGCCUUCCUAUACCGGUCGAACAUAGUAUACACCCCCCCCCCCCCCCCCCCCGGCAC